CACAGCUGCUGACCCUCCUUUCCGGGCUGGCUGCCCACUUCCUGAUUUGCAGAACUGCAGAAGCUGAAAGGGCCAUCAGAGGGCUAGUCCAGCCCUCCCGAACUACCCCAUCAUGCCUUCUGAGAGCCCCUGUUCUGGGCAUGCGGAUGUGGAGGGAAAGGUGGGGCCAGAGUCGAGUGGAGGACCACCCACCACUCUCCACUCUGCGCCCCAGAAUUCACCAGCAAUGGCCCAGCUGCUGCCCUCUGACGUGAAGGUGACCCGACUCUCACACUCCAUUCAUCUGUACUGCCAGUCAGGCCUCCCAGGGUCCCCUGGGCCGCGCCCGCUGCUCCUGCUUCUGCCCUGGCUAGGGGCUCGUCUGGCUGCCCAAGCCAAGUACCUGCAACUCUACCUGGCCUGUGGCUUCGAUGUGCUGGCUGUGGAGAGCGCCCUGAGGCACUUCCUGUGCCCGCGCCUGGGCCUGAGGCGCGCAGCCCGCGUGCUGGCCUUGCUACGGGGACCUGGGGUGCUGGCCAGCCGGCCACUGGUGGUGCAUGCCCUCUCUCUGGGGGGCUAUACUUUUGCACAGAUGCUGCUGCUCAUGAGCCGGGACCCUGGGCGCUACAGCACCGUGACCCGGCGCCUGUGGGGCCACAUCUUCGACAGUCUGGUCGUGGGGAGCCUAGAACGCAUGGCAUUGGGUGUGUCUCAACUGAUGAGACCGCAGGCCCUGGGCCCUGUGAUCAGGGCCACGGCCAUGCUCUACUUCCACCUGUGCCCACGAUGCACCGUUCAGCAUUACGAGGCUGCCCUGGACACUUUCUGGCGGCCACCCGUGAAGCCCCCAACGCUUGUCUUCUACAGCUACGAUGACCCCCUCUGUGACACUGCCCACCUGCAGGAGCUGUUAGCCAGCUGGCAGCAGGCGGGCAUGCCCGUGUGGGCACAGGCCUGGGAGACCUCCCGCCAUGCAGCCCACCUGCGCCAGCACCCCCUCGAAUACCGCCAUGCCCUCAUCACCUUCCUGGGGAGGCUGGGCCUGGUGGCCCCCACUGCCCGUCUCUGAUAAGGCUGUAGGCUCCAGCUGCCCAGAGGACAAGCAACAUCAACUGGAUGGCAGAGGCCUUGAGAUCUCUUGAUUUAUUCUGAUUAUUUAAUAUACAAUGACGCAACUGUGACCCCCCCAAGUGUGUAAUUAAAGCCUUCAACUGUAGCUGAGAGAAGAGGGCAGGAAUGGUACACCUGGGGGCAGCGGUGUCAGGAAUGAAUGGCAGCCUCCUCUGCAGGGACGGUGACAGGGGAGUGGCCUGAGGAACAGGGCCAGGUGCCCAGGGCCAGG